AGUACGCUUUGAACGCUAAAGCCUCGUCUAGCGUCUAGACCUGCUGACGUUAACAAAAAUCCUUUCGGGUUUCGGGUGACGUUACAGCUUCAUACUUUUACUUGGGAUCACAGCGUUCAGAUUUCUACAACCAUUGAAUGCUUCACAAUUCUUCAGCAAUUAUCAAAUUUGAACAUUGACAAGAAACCUUGGAAGGUUAAUAUGGAUAGUAGUGUGGAACUAUUAGAUGGAAACGAUGCUAUGCGUAGAGUUUGUGUACAGAGUGAAUAUGAAUGUUGCAGGCAGUGUUUAAAUUUGGAAGAUAGUCGGAAGGAGGCUUGGAAUAGGUGUGCUGCUUUGGAGUUGGAGAUUGAAGGGAAGAAAAACGAGGUUGAAUUGCUCCAACAUAAGCUUGUAGCAUUGGAAGGCGAGAAGAUUGCCGUUGAGAAUGAGCUUCAAUUAUUGAAAAGAAAUAGUAAAGAGAUUGAAGCACAGGAAACACACACCAAAAAUGUUACAAACAGUGUUAUGGGUGAAGGGCUUAAACCAAUGGGAGGGGUAAUUGAUUUGACUGAAGAAGAGAUUGAAGGAGAGGAUGAGGUUUUACGGUUGAUGACUGAGAAUAAGGUUUUGGAAUGUGAGAAAAGAAAGGCUGAAACUGAUAUUGAGGUAUGGAAAGGGAAGUGCGAAGAAAUGCAAUUGUUGAUAACGGAGUUAGAAAAGAAGUUGGUUUCGGAAGAUGGGAAUACUGCAGUGCACAAUAAAGAGGAGAUGAAUGAACAUCGGUGCUUACAAAAUGCAUCUCUUGCCUCGGCCACUUUAGAUGGUCUGCAAGCAGUAGAGGAAGUAACAAAAAUUGACGGGACAAUACAUCCUAAGACUGGCAUGGAAACAUCUGGAACAGAGUCCGAACAUGAAAACGGGGAGAAGGAUGUUGAUCAUAUUAGGAAGCGCAUAAGGCUUGUAGAAGAAGGGCACCCUAAUAAGAAGAUAGCUCCAUGUACACCAUCUGGGGUGAAAUCUGCAGUAAAUAGAGUUAUUGACAUUGAUGGAAGUGAUGAGGACACAAAUGAACUUUGUAUGCCUUCUCUAUCAGAAAGCAAAGUGGUAGGCGGCUUGCCUGAUUAUGGAAUUGGGAAUAGCAUGAGUGAAAAUAAGUUGUACUCAAAUAAUAACAUAAAGAUAUCUCCUGUGAUCCAUAGCGAUGAUGAUUAUGACGACUUGAUUGGCCCGAACAACGGUGCUCCAUGUAUAUCAACUCCAAAAAGGAAGAGAGCUUACAAUAUUGUUGUCACUGACAGUGAUAGUGAUGAUGAUAAUCUUCCACUUUGUAGGCUUGGGAUUAGACAUUCCGAUGAACAACCAAGAGAUUAUCAUCCAAAGAAAAACUCGAUGGAAUCUACUGUUUCUGAGGAUGAAGUAAAAGAUUCAGGUAGUAGGCGGCGUUUGGUGAAGUUGAAAAGCUAUGAAGACAAAGGUGAUGGAGUGAAGAGGUCUCUAAAUUAUGAAAAUAAUUGUGGUGCUAAUUGUGGUGAUGAAGAUGAAGAUGAUGAGUCAGACAAUGAAGGAGAAAGCUUGGAUGGCUUUAUCGUUGAUGAUGAUGAUGAUUGUAAUGGUGAUGGUCUUUCUGACAGUAAUGAUGGUUCUAACAAUAACGAUGCUUCUGCAGCUGAUGAUUCUUCUUUUGAUCCAGAAAUCGCAUCUGACAAUGAAGAGACCUUUGGUGAAAUUAUCUCUAGAAUUCGAAGGAAGAAAACUCAUAAGUUAGAGUGGGAUUAUGAGGCAGAUAUGCUUACUGCUUUUGCCGAGGUUCCUGAGCUUUGUAUGAAGGCUGUUUGUGCCCUCUAUAGGAUGCAAACUGAUGAUGAAAAGAAUUGUAAAUCCACAAUGUACAUGAAUGAGCGAGGCUUUAGCCAAUGUGAUGCAUACAGGGGCAGUCAAUUGGCUCAGUUUCUUACUGACGGAAACCUGAAGGGAGAUGUAAUCAAGUCUGUUAAGGAAUUAGAAGAACACGAUCCUAAGGGGCUUGAAAAGUGUUGGAGUUUGGCACAACGCUACUCUAAGCAGUUGUUUGAAAUCUACAAAAACAAUGAGGACCCGUUGUUUCUCCCUUCCUGACUUGGCUUGCUUCUUAGGUUUUUGUUCUUAUGCAAUUUCAUGUUACUCUCAAGUUCCACUAUAUGCAUGGCUCAGCUAGAAACUUUUGUUCAUAAUUAAUGUUAGAUAUUGUUGGGGUACGGUGUAGUUAUUGGUAGUUAUGUACUUAGAAGCUAUGAAUAGGGCAAGCUAAGGGUAAGGGUCCUCCGUCUCCCUAACAUUUUUAUAUUGUCCCAAAAUACUGUCUACUAAACUAGUGAGUUAUAAGCCCGUGCGGGUGAUAUUUUUAUA